AUGGCGGAGGUGGGAAAAGUGCAGGCGGGCCUCGGGCUUCCGGGAGGAGGCGCAAAGCAGUGGCCUCUGCAGCGGUAUGGACGUUUCAUACCCUCUGGAGCCGGAGAGAUGCCCGUGCCUGGCCUGGAAGCUGGGACAGCCUCUUCCCCUACGUGGAAGGUUUUUGAUUCCAAUGAAGAAUCUGGAUAUCUUGCUCUCACCAUAGUCAUAUCAGGUCAUUUCUUUAUUUCUCAAGGACAAACACUACUGGAAGGGUUUUCACUCAUUGAUAGCAAGAAUUGGUUGAAGAUUGUAAGACGCAUGGAUUGUCUCUUGUUUGGAACAACAAUAAAGAACAAGAGUCGCAUGUUUCGGGUACAGUUUAGUGGAGAGUCAAAGGAGCAGGCGCUGGAACGCUGCUGCAGUUGUGUGCAAAAUCUGGCCCAGUACAUAACCGUCCAGGUGCCCGAUGGAAUCAUCCAGGAGCUUCGGCCGAGUCCUGGUUCAUGGGCAGGUGAAAGCCAAGGGAAGGACUGUGCAAAGAGUGCCACGUUGCAGCCUGGGUCACACCAGAACCCAGAGCAGCAGCACAGGGUAACAGCCCAGCCCAGCGCUCUAGAGGGAAGCAUCUCAGUGGCGCGGUUAGCUCAGUCUGUCCUAGCGUCGGAGCAGCUUCCCCUCAUCUAUGAACAAUCCGCAUGGGGUGCUGAAGAGCUCGGUCCCUUCCUACGCUUGUGCCUUAUGGAUCAGAAUUUCCCAGCAUUUGUGGAAGAAGUGGAAAAGGAACUGAAAAAGCUGACAGGGUUGAGAAAUUAA